GUGGAGAAGAAGAAAGACGACAACAUCGAUAUAGCUCUGGCGCUAGCUGGCAUGAUAACUACAUUAAUAACAUAGACGCGUUUCCGAAUAAAAAUGAGCGCACCAGAAGACAGACACGGCACAAAACGAUCUGCAUCCGCAAGUGAUGACGGGUCGACCCAGUGGGCAACCGCUGAUUUGGGAAGUGACGAGAGGAAACAGAAGUUCCUUCGUCUAAUGGGAGCCGCCAAGAAAGAACACACUGGACGGCUCGUCAUCGGCGAUCACAAGUCCACAUCUCACUUACGUAGUGGGAACGAGGACAGAAAGAUCAACGAACAGCUGGAGAUACAGUACCAGCAAGGUUUGGAUGGGAAGUUGUCAGGACGAAACCGCAGACACUGCGGUCUGGGAUUUAGCGAGUUGGACCCGACCCAGAUGCCACCACAAGCCCAACCAGUGGAGAGUGAGACAAAGGAGCCGGGGGCCACUUGUGAGAGAAAUCCCUCCGGCACCGCAGAGGACUGUAAAGAAGAACCUGCUGAGCGCAAAGAACACACCUCGAGUGAAAACAAAGCCAGUUCAGACAGCACCAGUAAAGAACAGAAACACGACUACAAAAUGGCUUUCGUAAAGUCUAAGUAGUCACAGUAGAAACGUGUCUCCUGCAUUUUGAUAUUGUUUUGUGUCUCCCUGAAAGUAGAAACAUUUUUUAUGCAUAAAAAUAAAUCUUGUGGACAAAAUCCUUCCACGUGUGUUUAUCAUUUGUUAAAUUUAUUAGAUUUUCUUUCAGUAUUUCUGUUGUGGUACAAAAAUAAGUGGUUUCACCUGGUGAAUUUCACUUUUCUGAAUUACUGUAUGUUGGAUUUGAAUUGUGAAGUAUUUCAAACAUGGUUUAAGGAACACUAGUAUAUAACUAUAAUCCUUUCUGUGCCUUGUUUAUGAGGCAUUUCAUCACAGCAACGAUAUAAACAAUCAAUUCUGCCACA